AUGGAGCGACCACUUCUUUUGAUGGCUCUAUUCUCAUUAUUAGUCGUGGGUUUCGGCUGGAACAUGGGGUAGAAACUGAAUUUCCUUUGUUUCAAUCAAGAUCCAACUUUUUUAGAAACCCUCACAAUGAAGGACCGUCUUUCCGAAUCGACUCAGAAAAUAGACAAUUUUUGCUCGACGGAAAGCCUUUCCGCUACAUUUCCGGAUCGAUUCACUACUUCCGAAUCCCUCUGACUAUGUGGAAUGACAGGUAGAGUAAGUUCUAAUACCUGUAAUUUGAGACGACGGAAAGAAAAUUUGUAAAGUUUUACGGCAUUUCUUUAACAAUUAUUCCAGUUUAUGUUUUAAAACAGCCUUUGGAAGAUUUUUCGAUCGUAAUCAUAAUUAAAAUUGGAACUGGUAGUGAACAUACUUACAGCUGAUCCACGGCUGGCCUGAGCCAUCGGAAAAAAGGGUCCUGACACGAAAAAAAAAGAGACAGUAUCUGUCGGAUGGAGAGCGAUGUCAGGCCACGCCUCUUUACGGCCGUGAAUCGGCUAUAUUUCGAUUAAAAACUUUUUUUUACCCUCUCAUUUUUUUAAAAAAUUCUUACGACUUCAAAAUCCAUCUUUUUUUGAAGAUUCUAAUUUUCGCACAGACUGAAAAAAGUGCGAGCUCUGGGCUUCAACGCCAUCCAGUUCUACAUCCCGUGGAACCUUCACGAGUUCCAGGAGGGGAAGUGAGAGCAAUCAGAAAAAAGUUAGAUCGAUAUGUUGUGAAUCUUUGUCAGAUUCGACUUCAAAGGUCGAGCUGGCGAGCUCGACUUUCUGCAUUUUGUCGAUUUGGCUCGGCAGAAUGGCCUCUGGACACUUUUGAGGCUUGGUAAGGAGUUCUAGCUGGAAAAUGUUGCACUUCUGAAUUUCAACUAAAAACACAACUUUAUGACCUUUCAUCUCUUUUUUUUCCUAGGUCCUUACAUUUGUGGCGAAUGGGAAAACGGCGGCCUUCCGUACUGGUUGUUGAGAAAAGGAGUUCAAAAACAAAGGAGCAGCGAUCAAAUGUAACUUCAUUAUGAUAACUUAUCUAUAAUUGCUGUAAGAUUCAAACAAUCGGUCGCCAACUGGUUCGAAGCCUUGCUCCAAAGAGUCAAGCCGGCCCUGAGGAAAAAUGGCGGCCCGAUUCUGAUGCUGCAGAUCGAGAACGAGUACGGCAGCUACGACGCUUGCGAUCGGUACGAUUAUUUUUCAGAUGUUGUCACUCUCGAGGAAUUGGUGUUGGGUUUUUCAGAUAAAAUUUGAAAGGAAACCCGUAAAUGGGUAGAAAAAAAUAAGUCCAAAAACAAUUUUCAAUUUCUUAGAAGCUACACAACUUGGCUGAGAGAUUUUGUGAAGGAGCGGGUAGGCGAUGACGUCGUUCUUUAUACAAGUUAGUUGCAAACUUUUUAAAUUUUAUUAAAAUCAAGAAAAAAAUUUGGACUCAUUCAAAAAAAUCCCAACGUUCCGAAACCACUAUCUCAUUGUUUAGAAGUCCAAAUAAUAUAUUUAAUUAUAAUCAAAACGGUCUAUUGUAAUCGAGAAACACCUUCUUCCAUUUUGGUGCUAUGACAUUGUACGUUUCUCAGUCUAAGUUUAGACAGAUAGGAGAAAAAAAAACUGCAGCGGACGGAAGCGCCGAAGACUAUCUCAAGUGUGGCGCAGUUCCCGGGGUUCUGCCGACGGUUGACUUCGGAACGACCUCCAACAACUCCAACAUCGACAAGUACUUUGAGGUGCAGCGGAAGUACGCUCCUUAUGGUUUUCCCGCCUCUUUUAUUUGAAAAAAAGAAAAUUCACAGCGCCACUUGUGAACUCGGAGUUCUAUCCGGGAUGGCUUUUGUUGUGGGGAGCCAAGAGCGAAUCUCUACCAACUGCCAAGGAAAUCGUCUUCAAUGCACAAUGUACAGAAAACUAUGUUAGAAAAUCGUAUUCAAUAGUUCAGACAUGUAUGACAUCGGAGCGAAUAUCAACUUUUAUAUGAUUCACGGCGGAACCAACUUUGGAUUUUGGAACGGAGCUGAAGUCCAGGCACCGGUAACCUUGCCACCAUACAAAAUACUCCGUUAGAUUAUUAACAGUGCUUGACGUCAUACGACUACGGCGCUCCAAUCAGCGAGGCCGGUGACGUCACUCCCAAGUACUUGGAGAUCCGAAAAUGGAUCAAGUCUCUGCCUGACUGGCCUAACAAACCACUCGAUGUUCCUGAAAAUACUCCGUAGCUUUCAUUUUUUGGACAUUGACCUCUGUUACCGUAUUCAGGAAAGCAAAGUACGGUAGGUUUGAGCUGAAGAAAGCGAAAGGAGUAGCUGGCUUUGCCGAUCCCUCUUGCGUCUCUUCGAAGAUCCCCUUGACCCAUGAAGAGAUUAACCAACCGCUUGGCUACGUCAUCUAUCGAACGGUGAUUUUGAGCAACUACUUGAAACUGUCUGACCGGUCUGGGCUAAUCUCCUCACUCCUGCAUGGCUUCAAAAAAAAAAGAGCAAACAAGACAGACCAUUUCAAGCUGUGGCGAGUAAAGUAGGGAAAGAAGAUUUACAAAAGCUCAUCAGAAAAUCGAAAAAUGCGGCGAGUUGUUCAUUCCCAAGUUUGCCGACUUUGCCUACGUCUUCGUCGAGGAAGAAUAUGUGGUACGCCUUCUCAUUUUCUCUUGAAAUAACUCCAAAGAUUAGGGAACACUUUAUCGCCAUUACUACGAGAAGAACUCGACGAAUAUCACUUUGACGGGCUGUCGUCCCGGAAUGAGUGCUCUGAGCAUUAUGGUGGAGAACCAAGGACGACAGACCUACGAAACGAUUAAUGAUCACAAAGUCAGUUUUUCCUCAAAAAGUUAAAGUUCACAAGUUUUUAGGGAAUCCUGUCGGAAGUGUUCAUCGACGGUCAGAUCAAACGUGACUGGACUCAGUGCCGCGUCGAUUUGGCGCCUCAAAACUUCUACAAAUAUUUCCAAGUUCUUCGAGAUCCUUCUCCGAACCCGCCGGUGAUUGGAUCAUUAUUUUAUGUAAUAACUCCUGGUUGGAAAAUCUGUGCUCGCUUGUAUAGUGGCAUCACUGAGAGUUCAAAAAAAAGGGAAGCGCUCGACACAAAACGACUUGCGCGAGCAAAUAUGAUUGCUUCACGUGUUCUCCAGAACUUACGUUUCUUUUCCGAAAGAUCUAGGUUGAGCUUUGAAGGUCAACGAAAACUCCUCCUAUUAACACGGAGAAAUUCUUUGGAAAGGAACGCUUUUAGGGCGAUCUCAAAACUCGAAUAGGAACUUUCGUCGGAGAGCUGGUCGUGAGCGGGAAGCCCAGGGACACAUGGAUCGACACCCGCGGAUGGGGAAAGGGCGUCGUCAUCGUCAACAGUCACAACAUCGGCCGGUACUGGGCCACCGAAGGGCCUCAGGUUCGGCUUCUCCCCUUUUCUUCCAAUCAAAAAUGCCUUCAGAUGACCCUCUACGUUCCCGCCGAGUUCCUGAAGUACGGUCCCAACCUGGUGGUUUUCGUGGAAGUCCAAGGAGCGCAUGAGGCCUGCGAAACUGGCCUCUGCUUCUCCCAGUCUCUGGACGCUCCCAUCUUCUCGUUCAACUCCACGCUGAACGUUUGA